AUGGCGUAACAAAAUAUUUUUGUGAUUUUCUUCAUUCCAUAAUAAAUAUAAAGUAUCUUUAUAAAUUUAAAAUUAAGAAUAUCCAUACCUAACUAAGUUUAGGAAUUUAAAAAGAAGUAUUAUGAGGAUAAUUAGAGAUAGUUAGCAUAUCUGAAAAUAUCAAAUUAUGAUAAGUAACAAUAAUGAAUAAAAAUAAAAAAU